AAGUCGGGUAGGGGCUGAGGGUCCGGAACGGACCGGUAGGCCACUUUGUGUGAAAAACAACAAAACCAAACUCAAACUCUAGCCGUCGGUCAUGGCCUCGUAGUGACCGAGCCCCGACCAUGGCGUUAUUGUGGUCCGGUACACAACUCUGCUCACCGGUUUGUGGGAUUAUACGACUCUUCUUUUUGUUUCUCUGCUGAGUGAAGAAACACCGGGUCCUGUCAUUGCCUUUUGGCAUUAUAAUAUUGAUUGGCAGAAUACACGCCACCUCCCCCCCAAAAAAAAAUAAAAAAUAACAUAAUAAUUUUGUUUUGUUCUGAACAGGAAACUGAAACAGGACACUGCUGCUUGUGAGUGAGAGAUAAUAUAUCGUCGACACAGAUGAGACUGAUUGGCCAGUAGAGGAAAAGAGGCUUGGGAGAAGACGUACUUAUGGCUUUUGCUAGCCGCACUGGCCUCUCUCAAACUGUGUACAAGCGUGUGCCACACUCAGAAGAUGAGGAUAUCCCACUUGUGCUGGAGAGCAGCGACACUGAAGAUGACACUUUGUAUGAGAUCAGUGACAAGGUCAAGGACAAGACGAAUGACCGAGGUCAUCAGCCUGUCUACACGGUGGAAGAGGCCGUGGAGGCCAUAGGCUUUGGCUGGUUUCAGAUACGCCUCUAUGUUGUGUGCGGAGUCAUCAGUGCGACUGAUGCCUUGGAGAUGAUGCUGUUGGCAGUAAUGUCCCCUGUUGUGCGGUGCGAGUGGUCUCUCACUGACGCUGAAGUAGCGCUAGUCACCACGGUUGUGUUUGUAGGAAUGGGCUUGUCUGCCCCUCUGUUGGGGUACAUCGGAGAUAAAUAUGGCCGUAAAUUUACCCUGAUGCUGGUGACCCUGUGCAUAGGCUACUUUGGCCUGCUCACGUCCCUGAGCCCCACCUACUACUGGGUGUUGAUACUGCGGGGUCUGGUGGGCGUGGGCAUGGGUGGUUCUCCACAAGGGACCUCUCUCCUGUCCGAGUAUAUACCAAGGAAAUACAGAGCAAAGACACUCAUAUUUGGACAGGUGUUCUGGGCGACAGGUAUCAUGUUUGAGAUUUUUCUUGCUGCCGUUAUCAUCCCCACCAUCGGCUGGCGCUGGUUGUUGGUGUUCUCGGCUGUGCCUUCUCUCUUGUCCGCAAUGGGGCUGCUGUUUGUCCCUGAGUCCGCCCGGUUCUUAUUGGCUGCUGGGAAGCGUGAUGAAGCGAUUAGUCUUCUGGAAAAAGCUGCUCGAGUGAAUAAGUCACGGCUACCUGAUGGUCAGUUGGUCCGAUCUGCUGAGGUAGAGCGAGGCAAGUUCUCCAAUCUGUUUAGCCCUGAGUACAAGCGCACCACUUUACAGCUGUGGGUACUGUGGUUUACCAUGGCGUUUUUCUACUACGGAAUGGUGCUUGCUAGUGCAGAAAUCCUCCGCAAGUACAGCCCGGAUGGCAACAAGGGUCAGAAGUGUCACUGUAACUUCCUGACUGGCAAGGACUACACCACUAUGCUGCUGUCCACCAUGGGAGAGUUUAUCUGUCUACCAGUCAACAUGGUGCUGAUCGACUGGCUCGGCAGACGCAAAAACGCGGCCUUCAACCUGUUUAUGGCAGCCAUUUUAGUCUUGAUAAUCCAGCUGGAUAUGCCGAGGUCGGUGUUCACCAUAGUGUUGUUCUGCAUCCGUGGAUUCUCGGCUGCCUUUGGCAACCUCCUGUACAUCUACUCCUCUGAGGUGCUGUUGUCGCGCUCACUGUCCCUAGCCUGUUGGAUCUAUGCCGUCGUGUGUUUCCUGUGUAGCUUGUGUGCCUACUUCAUGCCCAUAGAGACCAAAGAAAGGGCUCUGCCGCAAUCUGUAUCAAUGGAGAUGAUUGCACUGAAAACGAUGGAUGAGGAAGAUGGGAAGUCAGAAGAAGAGAUGGAUUGAGCAGCUCUGAUUACUUACACCACACAACACCAUUGAUGAGAUUUGGCUACCUGGCAGCUUUUCUGAGUUUUGGAAAGUCUGCUUUCUCUCAGGCUGUUGUCAGUGGUCUUUUCGACCUGAUGACCAAGAUGAGUGAUGACUGGAGACUCAUAAAGGAUGGGACGUGACGAUGAGAUGUAUGGAUGGUGAUUAGCAUAGUUGGAUUGCCAUUCCUUUUAUAUGUCUGAAUUACUGAAAACCUGGAAUGUUCCAGGGUGUUUUCUUUUUGCUUCUUAUGUUUGACGUUUGAGAAGGGGGGGGGGGAGGGGUUGGUCCGGCAGUUUGAUCUUCUGUAGUCAUAAUGUAUGUCCCGUAAAAUAAAUUUUACAGCUCUAUUGAACUGUUUCAUGUGCGAGCUGCUGGCUCAAUUUAUGCCAUGCUGAACUGGGAUGCAGUGGCCUUAGCUUGAGGCCUGAGCAGGGCUUCUUGAAUUGUUUGGGUCCUGGAGUUUCCAUCGCUCUGUCUGAUCUGUCAGGAAAUUUAAAAAUGGGUGUAGGUCCUCGCUCGAAUAUUACUGCAUCAAAAGAGGUGUUUAAACCUUCAGCAUACAUUAAGUGAAGAGAUAGGUGUUGAGGCUUUGUUAAUUUUGUGCUUAUAUUUUGGCUUCAAUCCCUGCUUGGAAUGGACCAAGGGCCAAUGUUUUGGCUUUGCUUUCUGUUGUAUUUUGUUAAGGGGUGAGGGGGGUUGAAAUUUUUUAAAAGGAAAUUGUUCCGGCUAUUAAUUUGGAAAUAAUCGUUGGCCUGAAUCAUGUCUGGACUUGUCAUAUGUAGGCAUGAGGUUGGCGUUCAGAUCUCGUUUGUGGGUGGUUGGCAGGUGCUCUGGUGUGGUUUGCUUCUUCUUUCCUAUCAAACGUCUAUC